AUGAUGAUGCAGGAAAAACCAAAAGAGAAGAAAAAAGCCAAGGAUAGAGACAACAUUCUGUUGAGCUUGGACUCUGACGAUUCAAUUGACACUCGUCGUCAGAUACUUUCAGCUCGUGCCAGAGCAGCCCAAGAGGCAGCUGACACAGAGGCAGCUCUUGCAGAUGCAGCUGUCGGACGGCGUAGAAAGGGCGAACUGUCAUUGGCUCAGACCCUUGAUAGUUCUGAUGAAGCACUUGCAGCGAUAGCUGUCGCACGGCGUAGAAAGGCCGAACUGUCCUUGUCACAGGCUGUUGAGAGUUCCGAAGAGGAUGAGGAGGACAACACGUUGGAAGAAGAUACUCCAUUGCUGGCACAGCUAACGGAAGAAGAAGCAAAAGCAAGGUACGAAGAAGCUCAGAAACCAAAGCAAAUGUCUCGUCUACAGCAGAAGCACCAGCUCCAGGACAAAGUACCAUUCCAUCACAAGCAAUACCCACCAGCGGAAACAGGUGAGAGCAUUGAACCACCUGCGUACCCAUCACCAGUGGCGACCAACCCCCCACACUGGCAAACACAGUUUCGUGCAAGCAUGCAAACAACUCUCCAGGAACGUCGCCAAAACAUGAAUUUCUACGGAAUGGAUUACACACCUGCACCUGUCCAUGACUUCAACACUCGCCGUUGUGACCUUCCCCCCGUCGUUAACUGGCCAUUAGCUGCUUCUAACUUCUCUCCAAUCAGGACAGAUGGGACAAGUGAACCAGUUGCUUGUGAUGGCAGGGAUACAUUCGAGGAUGCUACUGGUGGUGCAACAGCUGUAACAGCUGAGGCUGUGAUGACCGGUGUCGACAAGAAGACCAAUAAAAAGAAAUCGAAAAGCAAUACAGGCCGAGCAACACCCACCGGCGAAAAGAAGAAAGCAGCGGCAAGGAACAAACAGGAACUCCACCCAGCAUUAGCAGCCUUCCGGUUCGAACACAAGAAGCGUCUUCUCAUUGGAGAAGAAAUGAACCCACGCAAUAAAGAGAAUCCUGGGCCUUGGAAAGUUGCUCAGUUUGUUGAGGUCGGAAGUGAAGAACAAGGCAAUUACAACAAAUUUGUCUUGAAUGAUCUUACCAGUGACAACCUCCGAAAGGUAGCUUCCAAUUUUGGGUGCAAGGCAUUGAGCUCUGCCACGAAAUUCGACUGCAGGUUGAAGAUGGCGAGUCGCUGCAUCCAAGGAGAGGCCUACAAUUUGUCGGAGGUACCGAACAGCACUACCCUUGCGAAAGAUAAGAAGCGACACACGUACUUGAGGAUCAUCAACGCUUGCUUCCAUCCUGACCAUUGUGAACGAUUCAUCACAUUGAAUGACAGGAAGACAAGAGAAGACUUCGAAGCAUCUGGUGGCGGCAGCCCUGUGAAGCAGUUUUGGGUUGAUGUUUCCGAGUUCGUCAACGAUCGAGAAAACAACGAGGUUCUGUGCCACCUCCAUUUCAGUGCCGAAGAGGAAGAUGAACGAAUGCAUGACAUCGUGUGCAACAUGCAACCAGAGCUUAAUGACUUUGAUCAAACAACCCACGCAAGUUGUGCUCAGAUGAUGAAGGAUGCUAUGAGAGCAAGAGAGAAAGUGCGCUUUAUUGCAAUGAAGGCAUCAGGUUCACACAGCAGUGACUUCUGGUCCUUUUGUCGUAUGAAGACACUUACUGUCCACCAAGGAUGCAAGGUUCCUCCUGAAGUAGCUUAUUAUGUCGACCUUAUGUGCCAAGAGCACCCUGCCAUUGAGGGUGCCUUCGAGCAGUAUUUGAAGGAUGACCUUCGCUCUGACUCUACAAAGAUACCUGAGAGUGCUUCCCUCCUCACGAGCAGCACUAGCAGUCUUACAGCGGCAUCCAGUGCUACCCGGGUCAACGAGAAUAUGGCAAAGAUUUUCCAGAAUACGAGCAGUGGUAUCAUUGCCAUCCAAGCAGCAAGAGCUGAAAGCGAUGCCAGCAGAGUGGAGGAGGAGCGAACAACCCGACAGUGGGCUGAGUACGAUCGUUUGGCAGAACGUGUUAUUUCACUUCGCGAAAGCACAAGACCUGGAGCUUUACAGCUAUUGCGCAAUAUUGCUAAAAGAGUUCGUGCACUGGAAAUUGAUCUUAAUAUCGCGAUCGAAGAGUCCAUCGUUUGUCAUCUCAUUCCUCCCAGUCAAGACGGACAACAAGAAGUCAGGAUGAUGCAAGUGAACGAAGAAGAAGACGAGUACGACGAUGGGGACAUAGACGAUGAGGUGGAGAAACUAGUUGGAAUACUUUGA